AUGAAUAAUCAAUAUGAUUGGAUAUGCUACAAUAAUAAUCCUUCGUUUAAAAGAAUUACCAUUUAAAAGAAGUUUCCUAUGAUUUCUUUUACCCGUAAAACCAUCCUCACAACAAAGUUGUACACUGGCAGUUUCACUUUUCAACUUGUCCAUUUUUAUGAAAACGCAGAGGACCAAAACACUGCAAUUUCUCACUUUCUUUCUCAUAGCCUUUAUCAACCAGCAAGAGAUGGAUUGCGGACACAGCUUCGGGGCAACGUGUGAAGCUGGCCUGUGUGAAUUGGGCUUCUCAUCUGCAACCAAUGCCGCGGUGGUUCACCGGGGAUUCAAUUGUGUUCGUCUUACAUGGUCUACCUUCAUGUUCACUCGCAAUGCCAAUCUCAAGUUUGGGAAGACUUUUGAUUCUUUGGGCUUGGAAGAGGCCAAGAAAAGGGUUGCUAGGAAUAAUCCUUUUGUGUUGAACAUGACUCAUGUUCAAGCCUAUGAGCCGUGGUGAGGGAGCUUGGAGCACAUGGAGUCAUGGUGACUCUUGAUAACCAUGUUAGUCAGCCAAAAUGGUGCUGUAAUUAUGAUGGAAAUGGCUUUUUUGGAGACUCCCAAUUUCGUCAUGAGGAGUGGUUACAAGGCCUUGUUACUGUAGCCAAGCUUUUUAAGUGGAAAAUUCAGGUACAAAUCCAAAAUUAUUCUACCCACAAUUUUGAAUUUGAAAAAUGAUAUAAUUUGUAAUGUUUUAUAAUUCAAGUCGGUGUCUAUAAAACUAUUGAUUUGAUUAAAACUUACAUGGUUGGAAUGAGCCUGCGUAACGAAUUACGCGGUACACGUCAAAACGAGCAUGAUAGGUAUAAGUAUAUUCUAAGAGGAGCAAGAGAAGUACACCAAGCAAACCCAAAUGUCCUGAUUCUUCUCUCCGGGUUAACUUGGGGAACAGAUCUUAGCUUCUUGAAAAUGAAGUCCCCGGAGUCAAAUUUGGACAACAAGUUGGUCUAUGAGGCACAUUGGUACUCAUUUAGUGGUGACUCAAAAAUUUGGGAGCUGCAGCCACUGAAUCGAGUUUGUGCCAAAGCCACCAAAUGGUUCAAUGACCAAAAUGGUUUUCUCAUCAGCAAUGACAACCCAUUUCCUCUUCUUUUGGGUGAAUUUGGGUUUGACCAGAGAGGAGAGAAACAGGCUGACAAUGGGUUCCUAACCUGCUUAGUUGCCUAUGUUGCUGAGAGAGACUUGGAUUGGGGCUUGUGGGCUUUGCAAGGAAGCUAUUACCAUAGGGAAGGAAAUAUUGGGGCUGAGGAAACUUUUGGUGUAUUAGACUUCAAUUGGAAACAUCUAAGAAACCCAACAUUUCAAAGGAGGUUUAGGCUUUUGCAAACAAUGAUAAAAGAUCCAAACUCAAAUUUGUCAAAAUCUUACAUUCUGUAUCACCUACAAAGUGGUCAGUGUGUCCAAGUGAAUAGCAAGAAUGAGCUUCACAUGAGGGACUUCAAGAAGUUGACCAAAUGGAGCUAUGGUGGAGACGGAACUCCUGUCAGAUUGAUGGGCAGUGCUUUGUGUCUUAAAGCUGUGGUGAUGGGCUUCCACCAAUGGUUUCUGAUGAUUGCUUGAGCCAGCAAAGUGCCUGGAAAUAUGUGUCAAACUCUAAACUUCACUUAGCUGCUUUAGAUGGAAAAAGGGAAGAAUACUUGUGCCGACAAUUUAUCUCAUCUGAAAUCUUGACCAGUAGGUGUAUUUGUAUAGAAGCUGAUUCUGAGUGUCAAGAAAAUCCUGAGAACCGAUGGCUUAAGCUUAUUUCGUCAAACGUGAAUUAAUUUGGUUCUAAAGUCUCUGUUUCAAUUAAUUCUAAUGUGGUUUUGAGGUUAA